GGUAAGGUCUGCGUACACACUACCCUCCCCAGACCCCACUAGUGGGAUUAUACUGGGUUGUUGUUGUUGUUCUCUUCUUUUGGUAUACGGCUUUUAUACGAGGUUUUCCCCAAUUGUUGAUAAAAUUAUUUACCUUAUAAAACAAGGGUCUUAGGCAAUCUUCUCCUUAUGAGCUAGUUUUUCAGGGUUGAGUUAGAGUGUUAGACCCAAGGUCCAUUUCCUUUAACAUUCUGAAACUACAGAAAAAGAUGGAAACAAAAGGAAAGCUUAGAAAAUUUUCCAUUCCCUUGUUCUCUUUUAGGUAACUGCCAAAGUUUUUGACUUAUUCGCAAGUGGUGAAGUCAAACAUGAAGAUGCUAACUCUUAAAUUUCUUCACUUCUAUGCUGGAUAGAAUAUCUGAGUAUAACAGUUCAUGCCGUUAAGAUUACCAGCUUGGAGUUUCUUAUUCCUUGUCAGCUUAUACUUACCUUGGGAUGUGUUUAAUUUUGUCGUCGUGCCAUAAACUUGGAAGUUAUGGACUUCUACAAUUUUUAAUCAAGGCCUAGAAUUGAAUUGGUUCUUCGACAAAAUGGAAAUACUUUUUCGCAAAAUGGGAAUUACAUGAUUGUUGAUGCACAUUGGCUUUGUUAGAGACUUCACUAGUUUCUGUUUAUGUAAAGUUUAUCUGCUCCAACUGAUGUCAUAGAAAGGCUGCCUUAAUGCAACUUAUCAUUUAUACCUGCUUGUCACUGACAAAUAAAGCUCAAACUCCAUUGCUGUCAACCCUUCAGGAGUGACGUGCUGCAGUAAUAUGUUAAGUAACCAUGUGAACUUGUAUGAUAUAUAACAGUUGUUAUGUGCUGAAAGUUAUAAGAAGGGUAUUUCCCUCGCUUUCCAUAAUUUACAUCUCAAGUAUUCUCAAGAUUUAUUUCAUUGAUUAUCCUACUUGGUUCUUUUGUGUAAAUACAGACAUAGAAAAGGAAGACCAGCUUCUUGAUCAGUUGCUGCACUUAAAAACUGUAGCUUUUGAGAAGUUGAAAGCAAGUCGGCAAGAUAUUAUCCUCGUAGCAUCACUAAUUGAUCGGAUACCUAAUCUUGCAGGAUUGGCCCGAACUUGUGAGGUAUUUAGAGCAUCUGUGCUGGCCAUUGCCGACAAAAACGUAGUGAAAGACAAGCAAUUCCAAUUGAUCAGUGUAACUGCAGAGAAAUGGGUGCCAAUUGUUGAAGUCCCAGUUAGUAGUAUGAAAGUUUUCUUGGAGAAAAAGAAGCAAGAAGGAUUCUCCAUCUUAGGUCUGGAGCAAACAGCAAACAGCAUUUCUCUUGACCGAUACGUGUUUCCUAAGAGGACGGUCUUAGUCCUUGGCCGAGAAAAAGAGGGUAUACCAGUGGACAUCAUUCACAUUCUGGAUGCUUGCAUAGAAAUCCCACAGUUGGGAGUAGUUCGGUCACUCAACGUUCAUGUCAGUGGUGCCAUUGCACUUUGGGAAUACACUAGGCAACAAAGAUCCAGUAGCUGCUGAAUUACACUAUGAACUUUUGUUCAGUGCAAGAUAGCUAAUUGCUUCUAUCAAUCCUCAUAUUUAUUGUACAAUUACGAGUCACAUAUUAAUAUAAAGAACACGUAUAUAUGUACCCCUCAGUAUGUGGUGAUGUUGUUCUUGAGUGGUUCCAAUUUUGUGUUAUGAAAGAUGACCGCUCUGCAAGUAAUUUGAAGUGAGGGAACAAUCCAUCAUCCUAUUGUUUCUUAUUUUCUCUUUGUAUUGUGUCUUUUCUCCUAGCAAGUUGUAUAAAUUUAUGCUACUAGUUUUGAUUAUUCAGAUGCAAGCAAUUGCUUCUUCCCUUUUUUCUCCCCAUGCAGCCACCAUAAGCUGAUCUUGGGGGCUUAAUUUGGUUUCUUUACCACUUGCUGCAGAAGUAUGUCAAUUCUAUUUAAAAGAGAUUACUAGCCACCCAAUUCUCAGGUUCAAAUUUGCUUACCUGUGGUCUUUGGGUUAAGUUUGUAAUUGACUCGAGCAAAGUCUACUUUUGGCAGAUGAGACUUAUAGUUCAAUUAAAGGCACAAGGGCAUAGCGAUUAGCGAGCACAAAAGAGGAAAUGCACUUAUCUCCUUGAAGAACGAAGUCUAGGGUAGGAAAGAAAAGUGGAGUGAGAACGUUGUGUGAAAAAAACAAAAAAGACAAACUUAAAUUCGCAAGAGGAAAGCCAAAAAGAUUUAGACAAAACCGAAAAAGAAAAAAGAAAAAAAAAAUGAAUAAAUGCUCUUGCAGAAGACUUGAAAGUUGAAGCAGUAUACUUAAACGUAGUGAGUAAAGAUUAGCAUGAUCUACUACAUUACUCAAAGCCAGAAAAUAAAGAGAGAAGAAAACUCCCCAAAUAAUAACCCAUCCCACUCAUGACAAAGGGGUGCAAAACCAAAUGGACUGGGGGAGGUGGUUUGAAAAUGAGAAAAACAUGCAAGCAAAACAAUAUUCCUUUAAAGGUGACUAUUUUACCUUUCCUUCAAUGUCCAAUAUACCAUAUCUCUAGAAAUGGCAGCCUUUUUCACCUUCAUUGCCCUCUCUUUUAUCAUUACAUGGGAGCCCUUUAUUGCAAAUGCAAAAAUCUUUUUAGUUCUAAUGGAAGAUGACCCUUUUGUUUCUACACAAUCAAAGAAUUUUGAAGAUUUUGAUAUCUACAAGGAAAGUAUAAGAAAACAACAUGACAUGCUUCUAGAAAAUCUCCUUGAAAGAAGUGUGUAUACCAAAGUUUACAGCUACUCUCAUUUGAUCAAUGGAUUUUCCGUUCAUUUGACAUCUCAUGAGGCCCUUGAUAUUCUAGAGAAUGCAGAAGGUGUUAGAGCCAUUUAUGAAGAUGUGAAGAUGAAGAAGUUGACAACACAUACACCUCACUUUUUAGGAAUUCCUGCUGGUGUCUGGCCUAAAUUAGGCGGUCCUACGGCUUCAGGGGCAGGCGUUGUAAUUGGUAUGAUUGAUACUGGAAUCAAUCCAUUCCAUCCUAGCUUUUUGGCUCAAGAAUCAAAUGGUGAUCGCCGGGGUGUAGUUGUGAAAAGUGGAAAGUUCAAAGGGAAGUGUGUGACUGGGGAUAGAUUCCCUGAAACAGCCUGCAACAACAAGAUAGUUGGAGCACAAUAUUUUGCAAGAGCUGCAACUGCUGCUGGCGAAUUCAAUGCCUCUCGUGACUAUGCUUCCCCUUUUGAUGCCGAUGGACACGGAAGCCAUACAGCAUCAACUGCAGCAGGAAAUCAUCAUGUUCCUGUCAUCGUCAACCAUUUCAACUACGGUUAUGCAAGUGGUAUGGCUCCAGGAGCAGGGAUUGCUGUGUAUAAGGCCAUGUACUCUUUUGGAGGUUUCAUGUCAGAUGUUGUGGCUGCAGUUGAUCAGGCAGUGGAAGAUGGAGUGGAUAUAUUAAGCCUUUCUGUAGGGCCAGCAAAUGUCCCUUCUGGUCCUUCUGCUUUCCUCAAUGUUCUUGAAAUGCAGCUUUUAUUUGCCACAAGAGCUGGUGUGCUGGUUGUUCAAGCUGCUGGAAAUGGUGGUCCUUCUUCAACUUCCAUUCUUUCCUUUAGUCCCUGGAUCACAAGUGUUGCUGCCUCCACUACAGAUCGUAGAUAUAAUAAUUCAAUUGUUCUUGGAAAUGGACGGAGCUUCUCUGGCAGUGGUCUUUCACCUCCAACGCUUUCAGGAACGUAUUUCCAACUUGCUGCUGCAUCUGAUGUUUGUAAAGGGAAUACUACCUCUGGCCUCUUGACAGUUGAGAGCUGUCAAGAGACAGAACCAUUCAUCCGAACUUUAGUUCAUGGGAAGAUAGUGAUAUGCACAUACACUUUUGAUUUUGAAUCAGAGACGGCAAGUAUAGCCACCGUUGCUGAUACAAUACAAAAAGUUGGGGCUGCUGGCUUUGUACUGACAAUGGAUCCUGAUAUUGGUUCUGAACAAAUUAAGGGAGCCACAAUGACCUUGUCGGUACCUGGUCUAAUCUUAAACAACAUGGAGGCCUCUACGUCUCUGCGCGAAUAUUAUAACUCCAACACAUUGAGAAGUAGAAGUGGAAGGGCUAUUAGUUUCAGAGCUACAGCAAGAAUUUUAGAUGGGAGACAAGCUAGUUAUACCAAGCAGGAUCCAGUUGUGGCAUCGUAUUCAUCUAGAGGUCCUGAUGUGAACAAUGCAUUCUUAGACACCGCCGAUGUCCUUAAACCAAACAUCAUGGCUCCAGGUUCCUCGAUAUGGGCUUCUUGGAGCCCUACUAGUGAAGGAGAUCGAUACAUCAAAGGACAAAAUUUUGCACUACUAUCUGGAACAAGCAUGGCUACACCACACAUUGCUGGAAUUGCUGCUCUAAUUAAACAGAAGCACCCGGGCUGGACACCUGCAGCCAUUACAUCCGCAAUGAUGACAACUGCAGAUGUAACUGGGCACUCAAAUGCCCCUAUUUUAGCUCAACAAACCAACCAGCUAACUCCUGCUACUCCGUUUGAUUUUGGAGCCGGACUUGUCAAUCCUUCUCGAGCCAUUGACCCUGGACUUGUUUUCAAGGCAGGGUUUAAACACUAUGUACUGUUUUUAUGUUCAGUUCCAGGAGUCGAUGAAAUGUCUGUAAGACGAGCAGUUGGAGUUGGAUGCCCGAACAAGAAAAAAGCAUGGUGCUCGGAUUUAAACACGCCGAGUGUGACAAUAUCAAAUUUGGUAGGCUCAAGAAAUGUGAUCAGGAGGGUGACUAACGUAGGUGGCGUAGAUGAAAAGUACCAGGUGAUCGUGAAAGAGCCUCUGGGCGUGAGUGUUUCUGUAACGCCACAAGUUUUUAAGAUAAUGGCCAAUGCUUCAAGACAUAUUACAAUUGUCCUAAAUGCAACUCAGACAACCAAUGUUUACUCAUUUGGAGAAAUCGUGUUCGAAGGUAACCAAAACCAUAGAGUUCGAGUGCCUUUGGCGGUGUUUGUAAGCAGCACUUUACAUUCAUGAUGCUCUUUUAUAUGUUUUCA